AUGGUGAAAUCGUAUGAUAGAUAUGAAUAUGAAGACUGCUUAGGAAUAGUAAAUUCGAAAUCAUCAAAUUGUGUUUUUCUUAAUAAUAACAAUAUAAUAUCAGGACAUGACGAAUGUGUUGGUAUUUGGAAUAUAAAUGAGAAGGAAAUAAAAAAGAAACUUAGUGUGCCUUUUCUUCCGCCGUAUUAUUUUUUUACCUAUCAUGUAACAUAUAUAUGUCUUAAUGAUGUGAACAAGAAUAUUGUAGCCGUUGGAUAUACUAAUGGUUCCAUAAGAUUAUUUGAUAUGGAAAAAAAUAAAAUAUUAUCUACAUUUAGUGGUCAUACCUCUGGUAUCUGUAAAUUAAAAUUUAACGAAAAUGGUAAUUAUUUAUGUUCUUGUAGUAAAGAUACGAAUAUUAUAUUAUGGGAUAUUAUAAAUGAUAAAGGUGUUUUUAAACUUGAGGGACAUACCAAUGUUGUUACCGAUAUCGAAUUUUUACAAAGAAAAAAUGAUUAUUUAGAUGAUUUUCUUGAUAAUAAUAUUCUAAUUAGUGUAUCAAAAGAUUGCUUAAUUAAAGUAUGGGAAUUAAAUAUACAAACAUGUGUACAAACUAUUGUAGAUUGUGAAGAAGAAAUUACAAGUUUGAUAAUUAACCAAACAAAUACGAGAUUAAUAGUUGCUUGUAACUCGUUUUUAAAAAUAUAUAAAAUUAAUUUAUAUUCUAAUCAUAUCAUUAAAGAUACAUAUAAUACCAACUCUAAGAUUUAUAUUACUUUUUUAGCAAAUAUUAAAAGACCAACAAAUUGUAGAAUACAAAACAUGAAGAUGAUAUUUUUUAUAGAUAAUGAAGAUAUAUAUAAUUAUCCAUUUGAACUAGAAGAUGAAAAAAGUGACAAUUUAUUAUAUUCAAAUCCUAAUAAUCAAAAGGUUAAUAAUUUAUUUAUAUCAUCUUCAAAUGGUGAUAAUAUAAAACAAAACGAAGAGAUAUUAACAACUGAUCAUUUGUCUAAUCCAAAUUUAUUAUUAACUAAUAAUAACAACCUAAAUACUUCUAUUAAAUAUUGUGAAAGAGCUAGAUAUUCUGUUGAUGGAGAUAAUAGUGGUCUUUUAAUAUGUUGCACAAAUUUAAAAAAAAUCGAAUUUUAUAAAAUUAAUUCUAUAAAAAAUCAAAAGAAAUCGGAAAAAAACAAAAAGAAAAGAUAUAUUGAAAAAUUGAAAAAAAAAAAAAUAAAAAUAUUAAAUGAAAAAAAGAAAAUUGAAAAAUUUAAAGGAAAAGAAAGCAUCGAUUAUAAUUUCCUGAACCAAAAAUUAGAAGAUUUGGAAAAAGAAUUAUUCAUUUAUAAUAAUUAUGAUAUACAUACAGCAAAUGAUGAAAUCAAAUAUUUAUUUAAUUACAAUUAUAAAUUUAAAUUACAAAAUAUAGAUGUUAUGAAAAAGAAAAAAAAAGAUAAUUAUAUAUAUCUCCUUGUUUCGUUUAUGUCUAAUCGUUUGAGUGUAUAUCAGGUUAAUUUAUAUGACAUUUUGCAUAAUAAGGAUAAUUUUGUUGUAAUGGAUAAUGAGAAUAAGGAGGAGAGGGAAGAUAAGGAUAACAUGGAUAGAGAAAGUGAUAUGAAGGACCAUAAAAGUGGUAAUAAUAUUGAUAGUGAUAUUGAAAGUGGUAGUGAUAAUGAUAGUGAUAACAAAAGUGAUAGUAAUAUUGAUAGUGAUAAUGAAAGUGGUAAUAAUAUUGAUAGUAAUAUUGAUAGUGAUAACAAAAGUGGUAGUAAUAUUGAUAGUGGGGAAGAUGAUGAAACACAUAAUAAGAAAAAGGUUAAAAUUGUGCAGAAAAAGAUUUAUGAUUAUUCAAAAUGUUUUAAAGAAAUAAGCGAAAUAAACAAAGGUCACAAUAGUUCUGUCGAUUUUUUAAACUUAUCAUCAAAUAACGAAUUAUUAGUUUCUAUAUGUAAGAAAUAUGUAAAGAUAUGGAAUAUGAAUAAUUUACAAAAUAUUAUAACUAUAAAUCUAGAAGGAUGUACUAAUGCUAUAUUUUGUAAUAAUGAUGAGAGUCUAAUUAUUAGUGAUGAAUGUGGUUACUUAUAUUUAUAUGAAUUAAAAAAUAUCGAGUUAAAAUAUACUUAUAAAGCCCAUGCCAAUAAAAUUAUCAACCUUUCGAAAAAAUGUAAUCAAAAAAACAAUAAUAACAAUUAUAAUAAUGAUAAUUAUUAUUAUGAUCAUAAUGAUAGUAGUAGGAAUAAUGAUAAAGGGUUUUUAUCUGUUGGAGAAGAAAAUUAUUUGAAGAUUUUUGAAUAUACCAUGGGGGUUGUAACUAAUGAAUCAAGUGAUAGUGAAAAGGAUGAUAAUAAUAAUAAUAAUAAUAAUAAUAAUGAUAAUACUUAUUAUAAUAAUAAUAAUGAAAGAGAGAAAAAAUCUUUUAUUCAUAAUAAAAGAAGUAAUUAUAAAAAAAAUUCGUCAAGGGACGAACUAAACAAUGAUACAUACAAUAAAUAUUAUGAUGAUAGUAAUGAUGUAAGAAAAAUAGAAAAUUGUGAAAUAUUUAUGUUCAAAGAAAUUGAUUGUUAUCAUUUAAGUGAUAAGGUUAGUUGUGCUAUGUAUUCACCUGACGGGAAAUAUAUAUGUAUUGGUUAUCUAAAUAAUUUAAUAGAAAUAUUAUAUAGUGAUACUUUAAAGUUACAUUUGACCUUAUAUGGUCAUAGUUUACCUAUAACAUGUAUGGAUAUAUCCAAAGAUAAUAAAAUAUUAGCAUCGAGCGGUGCUGACAAAUUUAUAUUUUUAUGGAAUAUGGAAUAUGGUAAUGUAAAUAAAAGAAUACAUACCGAAUGUGAUGUAGUAAACAAAAUCCAAUUUUUUAAUAAAAAUAAUAAUUUAAUAAGUAUAUCAAGAGAUGGUUAUAUAAAAAUGUGGGAUGCUAUAAAAUUUCAAUGUAUAUGUACAGUUGAUGGAAAUUUUGGUAUUUUGAAAUGUUUAGUUAUUAAUCAUAAUGAUGAUUUCUUUUUAACUUCUGGUACACAUAAAAGUAUAAGAAUAUGGAAAAAAGGAGAAGAUUUAAUAUUUUUAGAAGAAGAAAGAGAUAAAGAAUUAAAUUUACAAAUAGAAAAAGAAGCUAUUAGAAAUGAUCUAGCUUACCCAUCUUCUGUAGAAAAAAAUGUUCUUUUAAAUAAGGCUACUAUAAAAACCAUAGAAACAAUAAAAUCAUCAGAAAAGUUAAUUGAAUAUCUAGAUAUUAUAGAAGAAGAAAUAAUCUUAUUAGAUACAUAUUAUAAAAAUUUAACAGCAUAUGAAGAAGCAAAAGGAAAAAAUGAACUACCUGAUUUUGUACAACCUCCAACCAAACCAUUAGGAAGACCAGAAUUGUUAAAUAAAGAUCCUCAUGAAUUUAUAAUAGAAAUUAUGUGUAAUAUAAAAAAUAAUAUUCUAAAUGAAGUUCUAAUAUCAUUACCAUUUUCAUAUGCAUAUAAAUUAUUAGAUUAUAUUAAAACAUAUUUAAUAUCAUUUCAUUUUUUUCAAAAAAUACAAGAUAAUUAUAAAAAAUAUCUUUCUUGUGGAAAUUUUAAUUUCUAUGUAGAAUAUUCUAUAAAUAUUGUCUUAACAAUUAUUAAUAUAUAUAGAAAUCAAUUUCUAUUUGAUAAUAAAUUCCGUUUUCUUCUUUAUGAAUUACAACAACUAAUAUUACCUCAUCUCAAAAAAUCAGUAGACCAAUGUGCUUUUAAUCAAACAACACUCAAUUUUUUAAUGUAUUCCAUGGAUGACGAUGAACUAAAUUUAGAUCAUAUUCUUCAAAAUAAUUCUUUUAUAAAUAAAGAAACAAAAAAAAUAGAUCAACAACAGGGGCAUGCAAAGGGUCAAUAG